AUGGCCGUCUACCAGCAGCCGACCCAGGUGGUAGUCCAUACCACGUCAACUCAUGGUCCCGGGACAUGGAGCACGGGCCUCUGUGAUUGCUGUAGUGAUAUGGGCUCUUGUAAGUCACCCUAUUUCCCUUAUUCCACACUUCAAUUCAAGAUCAUGCACAUUUCAGCUCUGCCUGUUGAAACUGUGACAACAACUUAAGUUCUUGUUAGAAUUCUGAUUAAAUAACAAUAUCAUAAAGAACAAUAUUUUAUCCUUGAUUAAAUAGGAAGCGCAACCCCCCUAAUAACUGGAGAGUUGUGUGGCAAUACUGAAACCCACCACAUACUGUAUACUGUGUACAGUAUAUGAUGGGUUGCAGUCUUGCCACAUAUCCAGCUGAUGUAAGCUGUGUUUUAAAGUAUUAAGUCAUGAUUUAUAUCUUGGCAUCCAUCAAAGAGCAACCAAGGAAACUUCCAUCAGCUUAUCUUUGCAUUCGAAACUAAUUUGAGAACACAAUGUUAUCAACCCCGAUAAGACAGCAGCUGGUGCGUCACAUCUUAAGUGUAUGAAGUGAUAAGACCGAUACUGCUCUAACACUUUCUACAAGCUCGGUUGGUGCAAUAAUCUCUCUCCACGUCGUUUACUGGGUGCAUGCUGUCUAGACUCACUACACCUCUUGAAAAAACUCAGCCUGCAGAGAUACUACACAUGGUUGAAUAAGCUACAGCUGACUUUGUGUUGAGUAAAUAUUUGUAUUUCAUAUGUGACAUUAUUUGCUCGUGUUGAGAUUAACUGAGCUGUUUGUAUUACUGAAUCUGCAUCCCCCUGAGUGUGCCUCAAGGCGAGCUUCCUGACACGCGCUUUGGAGUGACAGAUAACAGUUUAUUUAUUAUUUAUUUUUAAAGGUUGCUGCGGCCUUUGGUGCUUCCCUUGCAUGCAGUGUGAUACAGCCAACAAGCACGGCUGGUGCUGCUGCAUGCCUCUCCUUGACGUCUGCUGCAUUGUGUCCUGCCUCCUCCGCUCCUCCAUCAGAGAGCGCCACAACAUCCCUGUAAUUGAAGAAAUUUAUUCUGAGAAAUGUGAUAUAAUCCAGCACAAUAGUUUAUAGACAUCUCCACUUGAAACUGCAUGCAAGAAAGUUUCUCAAAAGCAGAUCCACUGCCAAAAGAUGCAAAUAUGGUUUCAUAUGUGCACAGAUAUGAGAAAGCGCAGCUGUGGAGCGAAUCACAUCCUCUUUUUUUUUUUCACCUGAAAGCUUUCAUUUGCGUGUUGCAGAGAUUUGUGUAUAAAAAUGUUAAACAUCAAUUCAAUCUAAAGUUAUAUUUCUUCCAUGUAGAUAAAGAGAAGUGUGCAGUUUCACUCACCCCUUCUCCUUUUUCCACCAGGGUUCAUGCUGUGAUGACUGCUGCAAACUAUGGUGGUGUUACAUGUGUGUUUGGUGCCAGAUGCAUCGUGAGGUGAAGGUCAGAGAACACCAGCCGGCCAGCAGCUCAGUGGUCACCACACAGGUGCUCAGUCAAUAA